AUGUGGCGCCGCAUCUACUUCCUCCUGUUCUUCGUCCGGCUAUGGUUUGCCAUGUCUCCGAGCUACCUGCAUCCGGACGAGAACUUUCAAGGACCGGAAGUCAUUGCUGGCGAAGUCUUUAGCUACCCGGUUCAUCGUACCUGGGAGUUUACGAGCGAACACCCAAUCAGGAGCGUGUAUCCGCUAUGGACGGUCUAUGGAAUGCCCAUGAUUCUUCUCCGCUGGCUAUUGGGUAACGAAAUCCCACCUUCGACUGUCUUUUGGGUGCUGCGCGGCCUCAUGUUUAUCAUGAACUUUGUCCUGGAGGACUGGGUCAUCUAUGAGCUGGUACCAUCCAAGCGCCACCGCGAGACGGCUGUCGUGCUGCUGGCAUCUUCCUACGUCACCUGGACCUACCAGGCACACACCUUUUCGAACUCGGUCGAGACGCUUGUCGUGGCCUGGAGUCUGGUUUUAAUUAAGCGCAUUGUUGCACGACCGAACCGCGAUUCUCCUUUGUCUGUCAUUCCUCUGGCUUUGUCGGGCCUUCUCACGACGAUUAUUGCCGUCGCUUUCGACACAGCCUUCUACACCCCUCACCAGAUCACCUGGCUUGACCUGAUCCUCUACCCAGUCAUCACCCCCCUAAACAAUCUCAUGUACAACAUAUCUCCCGAGAACCUUGCUCAACAUGGCCUGCAUCCGUGGUACCAACAUCUUUUGGCGAACCUACCUAUGCUCGUCGGCCCCGCAGUUUUGCUCCGGCCCGAACCAUCUUUUCGUCUUUUCUCGGCUGUUUCGGGCAUCAUCGUGCUCUCCUGCUUUCCGCAUCAAGAGGCACGGUUUCUUUUGCCCACCAUCCCGCUUUUUCUCUCGUCAGUACGGCUUCCGAGCAAGCCGCGCCUUUUCUAUUCCUGGGUAGCCGCGUGGACUGCGUUCAAUGUAGUCUUUGGCAUCCUGAUGGGUGUCUAUCACCAAGGGGGUGUCAUUCCUACUCAGAUUUUCAUGAGCCAGCAGCCAGAUGCGACGCAGGCUAUAUGGUGGAAGACGUACAGCCCGCCUAUAUGGCUGCUGAACGGCAAGAAUGCAGUGCUGACCACGCACGAUGUCAUGGGAAUGCCUGGCGAAGACUUGAUGGAGCAGCUGGCAGAGCUAGCCACGUGUGACAGGCCGGCCGAUCGACGGAACAAAGAGUACCUGAAGGAGAAAAAUGGCACUUAUCUGAUCGCGCCGGUAUCAGCAACUUGGCUCGAUCCGUAUCUACGCAACAAGGGCCUGGAGGGUCUGCGUUUCCGACAGGUUUGGAGCUACCGCCAACACCUCAACCUUGAUGACCUAGAUUGGGGGGAGGAUGGUGUGUGGAACACGCUGAAACGAGUAAUAGGGCGGCGAGGGCUGGCGGCAUGGCGUUUUGGCAUGUAUGUCCUCUUCCCGAUUGGCAUCAUGUACUACUUCGGCACCAACCUGGAUGAGCGUUUUGCGGUGCCGGACUUCUGGCCCAAGGCCGAGAACGCCAACAGCGUGCCGACUGAGCGAGACGAGAUCCACGCCGAGCUGCAGCGACUCCGUGCGCGGAGACUGUAUCUGCGUGACCGCCGGCUGGCAUCUGAGACCCAAGGUCAGCCGACAGGGGUGCAGGACCAGACUGUCGGAGAGGUGCGCCGGUAA